GAGACCUAAGUGGGUCCCACCAGGACUGAAAUGGAUGCUAAAAACCCAAGGAAAUGCAGUUUGACAUCCUUCCCGAUUUUGAAAGCAAGAAAGAAACAAAAUCUCACCUCCGUGAAGAGCCCCACUCUUCCUUCUGAGAUCUACAUAGUUGAGAGUAAGCCUUUGCUUCAAAUCCAGAAGCCACCUUCCAAGGUCAAGAGCUUCAGGAUGACCCAAUUCUUGAAUAAGAACAGAAACACCACCUUUAUGCCACUGCCUUUCGUGGACACCAAGGGGAAGAAGAACAUGGUGAACUUCCCACGCAUCAGCAGUAAACUCCCGCUAAAGCAACCCCUGCUGCAUCACGAGAAUCAAACUCACAGCCAGGGGUCGUCCUCUGAGCCCAAGUCUUCAGAAACACGCUUCCCUUCGAACAUUAAAACCCAAGAUCCCAAACCAGAGGAGAAGCCACCAAAGAAGCGCAAGCGGAAGGUGCCUCUGCGAGCGGCAGAGGCCCUAAAGAUUUUUAAGAACCAGCUGUCUUCUUAUGAGCAAAGUGAAGUCCUGGGCUACACAGAGCUGUGGGUCCUGGGGCUGGAAGCUGAGAAACUCCAUGUGGCUCCUGAUAAAUUCAGCAAGACAAGUUUCGAUGAUAAACACGGCUCCUACAUGAAGGUCCUGCAUGACCACAUUGCCUACCGCUACGAGGUUCUGGAGAUGAUCGGGAAAGGGUCCUUUGGACAGGUGGCCAAGUGCUUGGAUCAUAAAAACAAUGAGUUGGUGGCCUUGAAAAUCAUCAGGAACAAGAAGAGAUUUCACCACCAGGCCCUGGUGGAGCUGAAGAUCCUGGAAGCUGUCAGGAGGAAGGACAAAGACAACACCUACAACGUGGUGCACAUGAAGGACUUCUUCUACUUCCGCAACCAUCUGUGCAUCACCUUUGAACUCCUGGGAAUCAACUUGUACGAGCUGAUGAAGAAUAACAGCUUCCAAGGCUUCAGUCUCUCGAUAGUUCGGCGCUUCACCCUCUCUGUUUUGAAGUGUUUGCAAAUGCUUUACAUAGAGAAAAUCAUUCACUGUGAUCUCAAGCCUGAGAAUAUAGUGUUGUACCAAAAGGGCCAAGUCUCUGUUAAAGUUAUUGACUUUGGAUCAAGCUGUUAUGAACACCAGAAAGUCUACACCUACAUCCAAAGCCGCUUCUACCGAUCCCCAGAGGUGAUCCUGGGCCAUCCCUACAACAUGGCCAUUGAUAUGUGGAGCCUGGGCUGCAUCAUGGCCGAGCUGUACACGGGCUACCCCCUGUUCCCUGGGGAGAACGAGGCGGAGCAGCUAGCCUGCAUCAUGGAGGUGCUGGGCUUGCCGCCAACCCACUUCAUCCAGACGGCCUCCAGGAGACAGACAUUCUUUGAUUCCAAAGGUUUUCCUAAAAAUAUAACCAACAACAGGGGGAAAAAAAGAUACCCGGAUUCCAAGGAUCUCACCAUGGUGCUGAAAACCUACGACACCAGCUUCCUGGACUUUCUGAGAAAGUGUUUGGUCUGGGAGCCUUCUCUUCGCAUGACCCCUGACCAGGCCCUCAAGCAUGCUUGGAUUCAUGAGCCGCGGAACCUCAAGGCACAGCCCAGGCUUCAGACCUUGAGGAAAACCAGUCUCUGUUUCCCCUCUGAGGCCAGGAAGGACAAGGUUCAAGGGCAGCAUCACUUGGGCAAAGAAGAGGUGAUCCUUCAAAUAGAGACUAAAGACAAAAUCAAAGGCGGGACCACUAAACAGGAUCAGAAUUCAGCUAAUCAGCAGGGCUCUGUCCAGCACACAGCUGAAGUCGUCCAGCUGCCUCAUCUAGCAGAAGCUUCCGGAAAGCCCGAGGCAGUUGUUGGGCCAGCGGAGUCCAAGACCUCCACAGGACAACAAAACAAAAACUGCUCCCCCAAGAACACAAACAUUUUACCACCUAUUGUGUGACCUGAGCAGAGGGUGUGUCCUGUUCCUUUCCACCAGUGAUUUGUACUAGAGACAGCACUUACACUGUACAAUACUUAAGACUGUUGUUUUUUAAUGCAUAAAGGUUUACAAAAAAACCCACCUUGGAUUCACAUGGCCUAUUGGCAUGAUUCCUAUGAUGAGGGAUUGGAAAGGAUGUCCUUGCACCCGUGCACCUUCCUUAUGCCCUCAAUCAAGUACAACAAUGGGUGCGUGUGUGGGGAGAUGGGGUGGGGAGAGAGUUAAGUACUCAGUGUUACAGCACCACUGAGAGGACUCUAAAUAAUAAAAAAACACUUUUUUCCUCUUGCCCAAGACAGUUAGUCAGGAUUCUGGUUUGAAAAUGACAGAAGCUGAGUUCAAACUAGUUUAAACAACAAAGGACAUUUAUUGGUUUAUGUGACUGGGGCAUCAGGAGGGGUAAGUGUAGACACAGCAAGAUCUAGGAAUUCAGACAACGUCAUGGGGCUCAGACUCCCUCUCCCCCAGUAGUCUUGCUUCUUUUUAUGGUUAACUUCACCCUGAAGACAAGCUCUGCCCAGAAGUUAAAAUGACCGCUCUCAGCCAGUCAAAAGAGGCAGUCUUCCUGCUGGUAGGAAAGUCUCGGAGAUGACUGAUUGGACUUGAACUCAUCACUGUGUCUGAGAUAUUGGGAUCCUCUGAUUGGCCAGCCUGGGUCACAAGCCCACAGUGUGGUGUGGUGUGGUGGCAGCGCCAUGACUGAUGCUUCUCCAGGACCACGUGGAGUAGGGGACAAGGUUUCCCAAAGGACGGAAGACGAGCAAACUACAGGAUGUAUCCACUCACCCACCACCUGCCCUUCCAG